AUGCUAUCAAGUGCAUGCUAUACACAUGUCUCCAUCUUCACCAUCAGGACAGACUGGCUGUUCAGAGUUGGAGUGGCCAUGCUGUCUAGUGUUGCAGAGAGAUUACCUAAUCAGCUUGGCGUGAAGAGAGGAGGAGGACGAGAGGACGAUCUAGCGCAGAAUCAUGGUAAGCUUGAAAUGCUGAUCGGGGAUUAUGCACACAUCAUGAAUACCGAGCGCAAGGAGUAUCGAAACCGGAAAGAACUGCGCCGAAUAUCCAGCAAAAAUGACGAGACGGAUCAGGAUCAGUGGAAUCGGUUCAUUGGUGUUGCAGCGUCUGGGCAAGAACAGCUUAAAAAAUGCCUCUCUGCACUCACGCUGCAGGAAAACUUCCUCAGGAUCGUAGCGGCGGGUUUCAUCAAACCGGAAGACUUGGCACAUGCCCAGACCAACCUUCAAGAAGUGAUUGGUUGGGAAAAGAGGUCCUGCUGGGACCUUGUUUCCCCAACCCCUUCCACUAUCCACCAUUAUUUACACUGUCGAAAUGAGACAUUUGCUUCUGAAACCCCCCAGUGGGAUGGAAUCAGAUGGUUGGUCCUCAUCGGCAUACGGGGCAGGAUCCAAACAAGGUUUAUCGUCAAGAACUGGCAUCAUCAAGAUAGAGUAAAUAUUGAGGCAUACUAG